AUGAAUACAAUCAAAUGUUUCUGUUUAGAAUGGUCUAUUAUCGGUAAUAUGACUAAUGCACGAUAUGAACACACAGCAUCUGUAUUAUCAAAUGGAAAAGUGUUAGUUACUGGUGGAGCUGAUCAUAGUAUUAUUAAUAGUGCUGAGCUGUAUGGUCCAUCAACAGGUUAUUGGACAGCUACUGGUAACAUGAAUAAUGCACGAUUUCGUCACACAUCAUCUAUAUUAUCAAAUGGAUUAGUGUUAGUUACCGGUGGAGCUCACCGUGGUGCUAUUAAUAGUGCUGAGCUGUAUGAUCCAUCAGCAGGUACUUGGACAACUACUGGCAAUAUGAGUGAUGCACGAUUUUGGCACAUAUUAUCUGUAUUAUCAAAUGAACUAGUAUUAGUUACUGGUGGAUCCAAUAGUAAAAUGUUUUUAAAUAGUGCAAAAUUAUAUUCAUUAUUUCAAGCAAAUUAA